CGUCUCCUCCCGUCAUGUCAUGUGUCGCCGGCUAACAUGGCCGCCGUGUAGCAGCUGAAAGUUCUUCCACAGGCUAACGAGUGUAGCUGCAAACAUGUCGGCGCUGCUUCUGCUGAGGAAGUCUCUGAGCAGACUGUCGCCGGGAGUCACCCGGCAGGUGCUCAGCGGCCGCUAUCACACCGAGAGAGGCGUGUACGGAUACCGGCCCAAGCAGACCGACAGAGACCACCUGCUGGACAACGAGCGCAUCAUCGCACUGUACCAAGAUCAUGCUCUUGCCCACGUGGUGGAGACGUACAGAGGACAUGGACACAAGGCUGCUAAAAUUAACCCCUUACAGCCCCACAAGCCUGUUGCUGACAGUGUCCCGGAGAUCAACAUGCUGAGUGGCACCGUAAGAGGACAGCUCAACACCUCGGCUCUGCGGCACUUUGGAAAGGCGGAGGCUUCACUGGAAGAAGUUCAGGCCUACUUGGAGGAAACUUACUGUGGCCACCUGUCAGUGGAGACCAGCCAGCUGAGCACACUGGAGGAGAGGGAGUGGUUUUCUGACCGCUUUGAGGAGCUCAAGAAGAUGCAAUUCUCCACAGAGGAGAGGAAGCGGCUGGCCAAGAUCAUGCUCGAGUCUCAGGAAUUCGACCACUUCCUGGCCACCAAGUUUUCCACUGUGAAGCGUUAUGGAGGAGAAGGGGCAGAGAGCAUGAUGGGCUUUUUCUUAGAGCUUUUCCACCAGUCGGCCCACAGUGGCGUCACUGACAUCGUCAUCGGAAUGCCCCACAGAGGUCGACUGAACCUCCUCACAGGCCUGCUCAUGUUCCCACCAGAGCUCAUGUUUCGGAAGAUGCGUGGCCUCAGCGAGUUCCCUGACACCUCACCUGCAAUCGGGGAUGUUCUCUCUCACCUCACCUCCUCAGUGGAGUUGGAUUUCGGAGCUGGACAUCCUCUUCACGUCACCAUGCUGCCCAACCCGUCUCACUUGGAGGCUAUCAACCCGGUCGCCCAGGGCAAAACCCGAGCCAGACAGCAGCUCAGGAAAGAGGGGGACUAUUCACCCGAAGACAGCGCUCAACCAGGGGACCAGGUCAUCUGUCUACAGGUCCAUGGCGACGGCUCCUUCACUGGUCAAGGGAUCGUUCCAGAAACUCUGACUAUCUCAAAUCUCCCACACUACAGAGUUGGUGGGAGCAUCCACCUCAUUGUGAACAACCAAGUGGGCUACACCACUCCAUCAGAGAGGGGGAGGUCUUCUCUGUACUGUAGUGAUGUUGGUAAGAUGGUGAACUGCGCUGUGAUCCAUGUGAAUGGAGAUGAUGCAGAGGAGGUGCUGCGAGCCACACGUCUCGCGGUGGAGUACCAGCGGCGCUACAGGAAGGAUAUAAUCCUGGAUCUGAUCUGCUACCGCCAGUGGGGCCACAACGAGAUGGACGAGCCUUUCUUCACCAACCCGGCCAUGUACAAGAUCAUCCGCUCCCGUAAGAGCGUCCCCGACUCCUACUCGGACCAGCUGAUCGCAGAGGGUCUGAUGACCGAGGCCGACCGCGACGACAUCAAAUCCAAACACUACGGCAAGCUUAACGACAAGCUGGCCAACAUGACCGUGUACAGCCCGCCGCCCACCAACCUGCAGGGCCGCUGGGGAGACCUGGUCGAACCCCAGGCCAGAGUCACCACCUGGGAUACAGGUGUCCCCGUUCCUCUGCUGCAGUUUGUCGGAGCGAAAUCUGUGUCCGUCCCUGAAGAAAUUCAGCUGCACAGUCACCUUGGAAAGACCCAUGUACAGGCUCGGCUGCAUAAGUUAGAAGACGGCACCAAACUGGACUGGUCCACAGCGGAGGCCCUGGCUUUUGGCUCGCUCCUCUGCCAAGGCUUUAAUAUUCGAAUCAGCGGACAGGAUGUUGGGAGAGGCACGUUUAGUCAGCGCCACGCCAUGGUGGUGUGUCAAGACACCAACGACAUGUACAUCCCUCUGAACAACAUCAGUCCUGAGCAGACUGGCUUCCUGGAGGUGUGUAACAGCCCCCUGUCUGAGGAGGCGGUGCUUGGGUUUGAAUAUGGUAUGAGUAUUGCACAGCCAAAGCUUCUUCCCAUCUGGGAAGCUCAGUUUGGCGAUUUCUUCAACGGAGCACAGAUCAUCUUUGACACCUUCAUUUCAGGAGGUGAAGCUAAAUGGCUGCUGCAGUGUGGGAUGGUGAUCCUGCUGCCUCAUGGUUACGAUGGUGCCGGACCCGAACACUCCUCUUGCCGCAUGGAGCGCUUCCUCCAGAUGUGUGACAGUAAAGAGGACGGUGUGGACGAUGACACCGUCAACAUGUCUGUGGUUCACCCCACCACUCCCGCUCAGUAUUUCCACCUGCUGAGGCGACAGAUGAUCCGAAACUUCCGAAAGCCUCUGAUUGUGGCUGCACCCAAGAUGCUGCUCAGGUUUUCUGGCGCAGUGUCCAGUCUGACUGAGCUGGCACCAGGAACGUCUUUUAAACCAGUUUUGGGUGAUACUUCAGUCUCGGCACAGAGUGUCCAGAGGGUGGUGCUGUGCUGUGGGAAGCAUUACUAUGCCCUGCUGAAACAGAGAGAAGCGUCGCCAGCAAACCAGAACACGGCGCUCAUCCGCGUGGAGGAGCUGUGUCCGUUCCCUCUGGCGACUCUGCAGCAGGAGCUCAACAAGUAUCCCAAUGCUACAGAGUUUAUUUGGAGUCAGGAGGAGCCUCAGAACAUGGGUCCCUGGUCUUUUGUGGCUCCCAGGUUUGAGAAGCAGCUGGCCCGCAAGCUCCGGUUAGUGAGUCGGCCCGCGCUGCCUGCUCCUGCUGUCGGCAUCGGGAUCCUCCAUCACCAGCAACAAGAGGCCAUCCUCACUGCGACCUUCUCUUAAGGCUACAGCCACACUACUCUGUUUUCAUUCAAAAACACACAAAUUCUGCUCCGGAUACAUCAGCUGUUCACACGACCCCAGGUCUCUCCAGCCCCAAAAAUGGAGAACUUUGAAAUUGCAACUGGCUCCGUUUUUGUUUGAAAACGGAAACGGAGAUUAUUCAAAGUGAUGACGCAGUUACCCGCAUUCACUUCCUGGUUGGUUCUUAUCAGCCACAAGUGGACUAUCAACUGUAAACAAACAGGUCCACUUACACUUAAUUACUCUUAAAUCCUUGUUCUUCCAUGUUACCGUUGCUGUUUCUCAUUAGUAGUACUCGUUUUUAAUCUGAAAGCUCGGUUUACAAAUGAAAACGCAGUAGUACGGAUGUAGCCAGCGACUUUAGCAGACUGGGAACCAGAAAAGGCCAGGCUUCAAUACGACACUACAUAAAUUUCACUGUCAUCUCUGGAAGCUGCUACACCUUCUGACAGCGUUGCUGGAUUUGAAACAAAUGGUUCAAUCAUUGAAAAUGAUUUUUAUUGUACUAUUAUAGUCAAACAUGGGUCUUGAUUGUUAUGUCUAUGUGGGUUGAAGGUAAAGCCUGAACUGUUUACUUGGUUUUCUGGUAAGAGAACACUCAUCUCAUAUUAUGGUUCAGAUCUGAAUCAAGGCCUUGUCGUACAAAAGGAUUUGGAGCCGAUCGUUGUGUUCGUAGCACACAGGAUUGUGUCAAGUUUAGUUCUCAUUCGUUUAUCCUGGUUAAAUAUGGUUUGGUUUGGUUUUGAACUAACACUAGCAAUGUGAGUGUGUAUGUAUACACAUUUUAAACAAACAUGAAUUGUUACCAGUGUUGUUAAAUGUUUUUUCUCAUGGUACACAUUUGGGAGUCGUAAUUGGUACCAAUGCGUCUAACGCUUGGUUAUUUUAUUGGUUAUUAAAUCAUGGUAUGAACUUGAGCAUAAGCCGGGACUGAACUCACGUUCAUGGUACUGCAUCAAAGGGCUAAUGUAAAUAAUCAAAGUCACAAAAUCAGAUUUUUUUUCCAAUAAAUCUAUUUUCACAUC